AUGAGUGCAUUAGGGAUACUGUUUCUUGCGUUACAAUGUUCUGUUGUGUCUGGAAGAUUGACCACCCUCAGAGGAAAAGAGUCAAAGUAUAACUCCUCGCCCGAUAACAGAAAGUUACUGUGCGUGUCGGAAGACGAUGGCGGCGGUUUAAUAUGGAACAGUAAUUUAAACUGGCUUUAUAGUUCUUAUCAGUUUUCUGAUAGAAAAGAGAUUACCGCUUUUAAAAGUUUGAAGGAAACUCAAAAAGGGCAAAUAGAUUGCGAUUUAAAUCCGUACGAGAAAUGCACAAGACUAUGGAGUACAGUGGGAUGGAACAUAACGAAUUCUACAGAAACGCCCAUGGGUCCCGUGUUUGAUCGUCGAUGGGAAGGAUUCGUAGAGUACAACAACUUUAAUACACCGACUGAAUACCGUUUUAUGGGUAAAGUGAGAAAGUCGGGAGCAUUUGCGGUCUCUAUUCGAGGAUCUCGAGACGCUCAUAUAUUGCUUUGCGAGACUGAGAGUUACAAAACUCAUUUAUGUUACUGGAUGAUCAUCGGUGGAUGGGAGAACACUAAAUCUGCGAUUCGAAAAUGUGCGAAUGGCGUACCGAAUUCACCCAUGUAUCUCACGAGCGAUCCAACAUGUGCUCCCUUAAGGGUUUCUUAUAUUCAUCAACCACUUUCCCGGACCGAAUGGAGAACGUUUAUUGUGACAUGGAACGAGAACAUGAGAAAAAUAUUAUUGUACGAUACAGAAAAAUUGAUUCUAACUUUCGAGGAUACCGACAAGCAAUCAAACUCGAAUGUCAAUUACAAUCUGUUUAUAAGCAGCAACGCCAUAAUACAAUUUCGAUUUCACACAUACAAUUUCAUUCAUACAAACAAUCCGGAGGCGACCCUUACAAGUCCCGCAUUCUUUCUAAGCGCCACAAGUCUUUGUAUAGAAAUGAUUAUUGGCUUGUGUGUAGAGUGUAAAAUGGAACUGGCCUUAAUAAAUUCUUUGACGAAAAACAAGGAAGAAAGUUUAGCAAUAAUAAGUGGAUCCACAGUAACCGCCGCUCAUGGAUUGGCCAUGUGGCAAUACAUUCGAAUAAAUCGAACGAUCUCGUCCAACUAUGAAACGUAUGUGGAAGUGAAAAUGAUCCCGAUGCUGGAUCGGACAAGUGCCAACCCAUUGUGGGCUGUAGCAAAUUUUCGCGAGUGUCCACCAAUAGGUUCCGUGCGAAUUGGUAGUAUAGUAGCAUCGCAAGAUUACAAUAAUGGAUUCUUUUGGCCGGAUGUCACCUGCCAGAAACUCUUUUACAAUGAAAGUAUCGUCGUAAAUGCGGCGCUGAAUGCCGUGCGAAACGUAACAUUCGAUGACUUGGAUUGCCCUGAUGGAAUGGUGGGACCGUACUGUUCCAUCAGCUGUCAGAAUCAUUUGGGAAACGACGAAACCUGCCAGAAUACUGUGAUCUGCGAGAAAGCAGGUUGCACGUGUCCGCCCGGCUUCAUCAAUGGAUAUUGCAACAAACGUUGUUCUAGCAAUCAGUAUGGACACGAUUGUAAAUAUACUUGCGGCUCGUGCAGGCAACACGGAUGUAAUUUUAGGAACGGAGAUUGUGAAAAUGGUUGCGAUAAUGAUAGCGGAUACAAAGUACCGCCUCUUUGUCAAAUAGGUAUUAAUGGACCACCGCCACCGACAAUUGAUUUUAUUAAUGAGACUACCGUCCGUGUUGUUCUACCGAUGAAAGAUGAAUACAAAUUGGUACGGUGUGUUUACGAAUUUUCUAUACAGAAAGAAGGAGAGAGGAAAAUUAAUUAUAUAAGAGACAACGAAGUAUCUGUAAAUAGUACUGUCAUUACUGGAUACACCGAUCGCUUACAACCUGGUGUUUCCUAUCAAAUUUGGUGCAAUCUGCAUGUCAACGAUUACGGGAAAAUUGAUGGGAAAUGGACGAACUUCACAACUAAAUGCACACCUUUCGACUUUGAAGUGGAACAGAGGAAUACGAGCUUAAUAUUGAAGAAGAGUCCACAAACCGACGCUCCGUACCCUUGCCCAGCCGAGUGGUACGAUCUCGAUUUCGAAAACGGUGAAACGCACGCAAAGAUUACUAAGGGGAUUCUGAGUCACUUGCCACACGAAUUUGUAGGUUUGGAACCGUAUACACCCUAUAAUAUCACAAUCAGUAAAGGGUCGAAGACAUAUUUUUCUCAAGCAAUCCGAACUCUCGAAGCAGCACCGACUGCCGUGAGAAAGAUUCAACUGGACUGGAUUUCAAACAAAGAAGUGACAAUAAUAUGGGGCCGUCCUGGGCGUGCAAAUGGAAUCAUAAAGAAAUACGAAAUUACAAUGCAGAUCGCAGAGUAUUAUGGUUGCAACGUUCUGGGCAGAAAUUUUCCAAAGAAGAAUCGUACAUUAUUCAGUGAGGUCACCAGCAUAAGAUACCCAGACCUUACUCCGUAUGCUACAUAUAUUGUAUUCAUAUCGGCCUGUACUUCUUACUGUGGCCCCGUCCAAAAAUACACGUUUCAGACCCCAGAAUCUGAAAUUCCGACUGAAACAUUUAGCAAUUUACGACAACAGAACUAUUGGCUAACGUGGGAUCCACCGAACGAUUGCACCACAAUUUCUGGUCCAUUGUACUCGAGAAUUAUCAUUAACGGUAUCAGCGAAUCCGUUAUGAAUUUGAGUGUUACGAAACAAACUUGGAAUCAGAGAAUCGAUUGCGAACCGUUCCUUUCCGGUGCGGAAACGUACGAGGCACAGGUUUAUGUUAUCAGAGGUUACAAUAAAAGCCACAACGAAUUGCUUUCUCAAAGAAUCACUUUCACCACCCCGCCAAAAGCCCCGCCACCCGUUGAAGAACUAGAAAUAUAUGAACACGAUACUAGGAAUAACAUCAUUUACUUAAGAUGGAAAAAACCGAAAGUACCCACCAACGGGAAAAUAGGGCAUUACAUCGUGAAAAAUAAGAGACGUACUUUAUUGAUAGUAUUACCAACGGAAUAUUGCGAUCUUUGGGAUCGAGGCGGUUAUCUCUGCGCGAAAAUAGAGUAUUUCAGGUCAACGAUAAGACAAAUUUCGGUUUCAGCUGUAAAUGUAAAUGUUUCUACACCCGGCGACGCAGUAGACCUGUCAGUUACUGUCGAUAAAAACCCGCUGAUGCCUGAAAUUUUUCACGUUGAGGCCCUCGCGAAAGGUGUCGUGAACGUAACCUGGUCACAUCCGUGGAGAACAGGUAGAGGGCUUGAGACAUUUCUGAUCAAUAUACAAAUGAUAUCGUCAAACCUCAGAACACAAAGUACCGCAUCACAGUACAAUAUAUACGCCCAGUAUUUCGUUGAAAAAUACCAGGUUUGGUACAACUAUCAGUUAUACUUAUUGCCAUCAUCCACUUACAAGAUCACGAUUUUCGCCAAGACGAUCGAUCAGACUUAUAGUGGAGAAAAAUCAACGAUAGUGGAAACACCUCUGGCAAUGGAAUUUGAGAGUGAACCAACAUUCGAAGUAAGUGCAGCAGAUUCAACGGUACUGUUGCACAUACCUGUUGUUCUAAACGAUACAAAAAAUAGUAUAACGUAUGUAGCUGUGGAAGGACCACAUCCCUGUAACAAUCACGCGAAAUUGAAUACUUUUCUUUCCGCGAAAGCGGGUAUCAAAGAUCACGAUAUGUCGUGGCGAGCCGCCAUGUUUUCGACGGACAAAUUCGCUGGUAAAACAUUCGUGGUAGGCGACAAUAAGAUCUACGACGGUAGCAUAAACUGCCCGUUGAAGUCGCAGGAAUCCUAUGUGGUAGCGGUUAUUUUGCAAACCGAGGAAGAAUCGAUGAACAGUCAGUUCAGCGCCGUGAAAACAAUGUCGAUACAAAUCGGCGAGGUACCGAAGCGACACGACGAAGCGUGGCUCGUUCCCACCGCAGUAAUUCUCGUCGUUUCAGUUGCGGGUUUCUACUAUUAUCGAAGGAGAAAAAGGGAACCACUGAAAAACGUGAUUCUUCAGGAAAACAUGGCAUUGCCACAGACAACGGAAAAUCGCGACGACAUAGCGUCGUUAAAUUCCAAUCGAAUUUUAUGCACCACGCCUAUACCUCCGAAGAAAGAGUGUUUAUUAAGCGCUAGCACGUCCGUACAAAAUUUUCCAGUGCCUGCGAACGAAUUUGAUGGGAAAGAGGAAAGAACGUCUCUGGUACAUGUGAAGGAUUUCGAAGAUUACGUGAAACAUGCCAAUGAUUCUGGACUCCUCGAGAAGCAAUACAAUAUACUGCCCAGAGGACAAACGAAACCAUGGGAUUACGGGAAGCUACCACAAAACAAACCAAAGAAUCGGUACGGAAAUCUCAUAGCAUACGAUGAGAAUCGUGUGAUACUGGAGAAACUUCCGCAAGAGCCUCACUCCGAUUACAUAAACGCUAAUUACAUCGACGGUUACAAGAAAGAAAAGUGUUACAUAGCCACCCAAGGGCCGAAACCGAAUACAGUGAACGACUUCUGGAGGAUGAUCUGGCAGGAAGAGACUCUUAUCAUUUGCAUGCUGGCUAAUGUGGUUGAGACUGGAAAGACGAAAUGUGAACAAUAUUGGCCAGACAUUGGAAAGAAAAAGAAGUACGGCGAUCUACUGGUGUUCAACGCUAAACACACUGUAUUCGCAGAUUAUACAUUCCGUGUACUCCACGUGACACGCGACGAAGAGACCCGUAAGGUCGAGCAUUUGCAUUACACAGCAUGGCCAGACCACGGUGUGCCGUUCUCCACGCAUUCUGUAGUGACGUAUUUAAAGAAGCUCUUGGCAACGUCACCCGGAAACGGACCUGUGGUGGUUCAUUGUAGCGCAGGCGUCGGCAGAACUGGAACUAUAAUUUUGUGCGAUAUUUGUCUGCGGCGGGCUGCCGCCGAGAAGGUAGUCGACGUGUUCGCUGAAACAGAAUCGAUCAGAAGUCAAAGGGCUAACAUGGUCGAUACCAAACAGCAAUAUGUCCUAGCUCAUUUAACUCUAGUAGAGUGUCUACUUUCGAUUUCAACGUCACUGCCAUGCGAUGAAACUCUACCGUCCAGGAUUACAGAGCUGAAAAAACAAUUGACGAUUCAACAACAAAGUUUGGAAAAGGGGACCUGGCAAGACGAAGCCCUCAGGCCAUCGACCAUUCAAGUGUCACUGUCAGAACGCAACCUUGCCAAACACAGAUUCCCAGAAUUGGCUUCAGUGAAAGUGAACAGAGUGUAUUUGAAAAGAUAUCCGCCGACAGAUGAGUACAGCGAUUACAUAUGCGCUGUGCCUGUGGAUGGUGUCAGAUUACAGAAUCAGUAUUUUGCAACGCAACUGCCGUUACCUGGUACUUUGGGCGAUUUUUGGAGACUGGUGGCCGAAUACAAAGUCGAAUUGAUCGUCAUGCUGCAACCACCUGAUCCCGAGGACACGACUUGUUGCCCGAUCAAACCAGUUGCAGAGCAACAAGUAACAAUUUUAUCCUGUACGGAAUGGAAAGCUGGCAGAAAGCAGAAUCCACCGACGACGAUUGCUUUAGUGACACUGUGGCAAGCCACAGAGAGAAUCGCGAGGGGAGAUGAACCGACUGUCGUUCUCUGCCACGACGGUGUAACUGCAUGUGGACUUUAUUUAGCCUUAUGUUUCCUCUUGGAAAGAAUGGCAGUGGAACGAGAGUGCGAUGUAUGCUUAUCUAUCCGCGCAGUUAGACGAUCGAGAGAGGAUUUCGUAGAAAGUUUGGAACAAUUGGAAUAUUUGUACGACGCUGCGAUAACGUAUUUGAAGUACUUCGAAACGUAUGCAAACUUCACUUGAAUAAUCCCGCCCUUCGUCGAUCAGUCGGUUUGUAGUGUGAAUCGAUUCGAAUCGAUAUUCGAACUGAGACGGCUUUCUCGAUAUGUGUGUCGC